CCAGCCCAGAUGUUUUGAGAAUGAGUUGCCCUUUCAUGAUAAAGAACACUUAACCUUUUAACAGCUUUAUCUUGCACCUGAAUCAAUAGAAAAUUGAUUUGGUCUUGCAGAGCAAUGUUUUCUGUCCAGUGCUGUCUCAGUACCUACAGUCCUCCCCAGUAGCAUCCAGUGCAGUUGGAGUGGAGCUGUUUUCAUUGUGUGCCAUGCCUGUUAGCUUGGCAGCUCUGGAAGCGAAGGGAGAAGAGAUAAUGAAUCUGAGGUUACACAGAAAUUCCAGUAUAGCUGGCAGUAUCCCUGCAAAUGAAUAAGGCAUAACAAAUCCUGCUGAAUUGUGGGGCAGGCAAAAGCAGAUAUUCAAGCUUUUCCAGGAGGCAGGAGCUUGACACCCUGACCAAAGUGCAUAAUCCUUUGAUUGGUACAAGCUGAUCAUGAGGAUACAGGCACAAAUGUAGAAAAUGAGGAAGAGAGAGAUCUGGUUAAUAAGUAAUUCCUGGCCAUAAUGCAGAUGUGAACAAACAAUAGAGUCUCCCAACAGUAAGGACAGUAUCUCAGCUUAAACACUCUCCAGCACAAGUAUGUGACUCCUUCCCCUCACCAAGAAGAAAAUGAAAAACAAGAUGAGCUUUCUACAGCAAGAAGGAGAGACACAUCCUUCCAGAUGUCCGGAUAACAGCGCCUUCAAGCAGCAGAAGCUGCCAGCGUGGAAGCCCCAGCUUACCCCUGCAACUGUGCUCCCCAGCUUCUUCCUCACAGGCGCCUUCUGCCUUGCCAUGGGGGUCUGCCUCAUACUGUCCGCAAACAGCGUCAGAGAAAUCCAGUUUGAUUAUUCGGAUAAAUGCUCAGAUUGUUCAAAACUCCGUGAAAAUUCCUCUAACUGGAAUAAGGAAUGCCACUGUUCUGUUAAUUUCACACUGAAGGAAGAUAUAUUGGGUGAUGUUUUUAUGUACUAUGGCCUGCAAAACUUCUAUCAGAACCACCGUCGAUAUGUGAUAUCAAGAAGUGAUGCACAAUUGUUGGGUCGAAAUGUAAAUAUUAAGAAGAGCUACUGUGCACCUUUUACCACCUACCACAAUGGGACGCCCAUGGCUCCGUGCGGUGCUAUUGCCAACAGCAUGUUCAAUGAUACUAUUGAUCUUUUUUACAAUCUUAACUCAUCUGCUAUUCAAGUACCAGUGCUGAAGACCGGGAACAGUUGGUGGACAGAUAAAAAUGUAAAAUUUCGCAAUCCAAAAUCCUACAAUCUCUCUUCUGCGUUUGCAGGGACAGCAAGACCUCCUUACUGGCAUAAACCAGUAUAUUUGCUAGACAAGGAAGAUGAACGGAACAACGGUUAUGUGAAUGAGGACCUCAUUAUCUGGAUGCGAGUGUCAGCCUUCGCCACCUUCAGGAAUCUUUACCGUCGUGUCAAACGGAUAAGGCAGUUUGCUGAUGGCCUCCCAGCAGGGAAUUACACUUUCCGUAUUUCCUAUAAUUUCCCCGUUACCAAAUUCAAGGGGAGGAAACAUGUGAUUCUUUCAACCGUGGCAUGGAGCGGAGGAAGUAACCCAUUCCUGGGAAUUGCCUACGUGGUUUCUGGCACAGCAGCAACCCUGACAGAAAGACUCAUGUACUGGAAUAAUCCAGUAUGAGAAGCCUUCCUGAGCAGAACAGAUUCUGGCACUCAGCCCACUGUUGCCUAAAGUUGGUUUUGGAGAGCUAAAAAUCUCAUGACACUGCAGCAUGUUAAGGAGCAAGGCAAAAGUGAACUGCAGGCACUUCAAAC